ACCGCGGUCGGCGGCGGGGCCGUGGCGAGAAGGGCCGGGCUUGGUUUGUCGCCGCACGGGUGGCAGCCUCUGCUUUUUCCUCUGCUCUCCCAGCCUGUGUGUUUUCAGUUGAAACGUAAGGAGUGUGGAAGCGUCGGGAGAUGUGUCUGACCGGAGCCCGGCCCGCUGCUCCUCCAGCCGGAGAAGCUGCCGCUGCCGUUCCCGGGGAGGACCGGCCCGGGCCGGCCGGCGGGGCGAGGCGGCGCUCCCUGGGAAGGCGGCGCUCCUGCCGCGAUCCUGCCGCGCCCCUGCGCGCCCGCGGCCGGAGCAGCAGGGACAGCGGGGACAGCAGGGACAGCAUGGUGGUGCGGCCGCUGCUGCGCGCCGUCAUCAUGGGGCCGCCGGGCUCCGGGAAAGGCACCGUCUCCGCUCGGAUUAUCAAGCACUUCGGCGUGAAGCACCUCUCCAGCGGCGACCUGCUGAGGGACAACAUGCAGAAGAAGACAGAAGUGGGAAUCCUUGCCAAGUCCUACAUUGACCAAGGGCAGCUUAUUCCAGAUCACAUCAUGACACAACUAAUGCUGAAUGAGAUAAAAGGUCUAGACCAGUACAACUGGCUAUUGGAUGGUUUCCCCAGAACAGUUGCUCAGGCAGAAGCGCUCGAUAAAGAAUGUCACAUAGACACUGUGAUUGACCUAGAUGUGCCAUUUGAGACCAUAAAGUGUCGGCUUACAGCACGCUGGAUCCACCCUGCCAGUGGCAGAGUCUACAAUCUUGAAUUCAGUCCUCCCAAAGUGCAGGGCAUUGAUGACAUUACUGGUGAGCCCCUUGUUCAGCGUGAUGAUGACAAGCCAGAGACUGUCAGCAAGAGGCUCCAGGCUUAUGAUGCGCAAACAAAACCCGUCCUAGAAUAUUAUCGGAAAAAAGGGUUAUUGAAAUCCUUUUCUGGAACAGAAACCAAUAAGAUCUGGCCACAUAUCUAUGCUUUCCUUCAAACCAAGUUGCCAGAUGUAAGCCAGAAAGAUGCUGCCAACCCCAGGUGAAAAUGGGUCAAACUUCUGCUCACCUGCCAUAGCUCACUCCCAAUUACCUGAGAUUCUGCAAUCAAGGAUUUGUCCAAGUAGUCUACCAGACUCAUCAAUAAUUUAAGUCCAAUGCUGUCCUUAACUUACACUACGGUAAAAUUUUGUUGCCUGAGGUUACCACUUCAAUGCUGUAUUUUUUUAUAUUAAAUAUACCUAAUUUCAAAAAUACAGUAACUGUCUUUAACAAAA